UGCGCGGUGCAAGUCCCCAUUGGCUGGCGCGGCUCCACUCAGGCGCGACAAAGGAGGGAACAAUAGCGGUGGGCGCCGUUAAAAACAGUGAAGAAAUGCCCCGGCUCGCAUUGCAAAGCACCGCGUCUCGGCCUCCCCCUCCUCGCCCGAGUCACCGCGUCCACAGCGCUGCUCGUUACCUUCCUGCGCCUUAGACCAACAAGAACACCACCACCACCACAGACAUAUAUUUAGCGGAACAGCGAGAGCGUGCGCGUGUGUUUACUACGACGACUGCUGCUGCUACUGCCGCGAACACGGAACCAAACUUAAGCGGUCGUACUGGUGACGGCUGCUGCUGCUGGCUGAGACUCUAUCGUCGUUAAUCCGCGCGCAUGUUUUGACACCAAAAAAAAAACAUUACCGAAGAGACGUUGACAGACCAGUGCCUGCAUCCGUAAAAUCCCCUCCGGUGGGGCGAAGCGAUUUACAAAUCCGGCGUCUGCGCUCGCGUGAACUCGAGAGGAUGCCUCGCGGCUUCUUGGUGAAACGGAGCAAGCGCUCGGCCGCGAACUCGUACAGAAUUCGCGAGCAGGACGACGAGUCGCCCAGCUCCGAGCCGGCGUCGCUCUACGACUCGUCCAACCAUCUCCGGCCGGACCGCUCGCCACCCCCGCCGCCUCCUCCUCCUCCUCCACCCCCACACGCCAGCCCGGCUCGCCCCUUGGCCUCCGCGACUCGCCGCGAUGCGGGACCCUCGCCGCCGCCGCCGCCUCCUCCUCGGUCGCAGACGCCCACGCCGGAGCGCGAGCGGCCGGUUCAGUUCGGAACUCCCGACUCGGGCUACUCCUCCUACAGCCCCGUGCGGCCUGUGAGCGCGGGAGAGCAAGACAAGCAAUUCUUCGGGCGCAGCUUUCACAUGCAGGGCUCUCCCGUGGCGGCCGACUCGUUCCAUCCGCACCCGCCACCACCACCACCUCCUCCGCUGUUGUCGAUAUCAUCGUCGUCGUCGUCGUCGUCAUCCCUGCAGCAGCUGCCUCAUCUGGAGAGAGUGUUCCACUCUGUCGCCGCGCCGCCGAUCGCGGUGAAGUUGGCGCUGUUGGGGGCCGUGCAACCGCCUCUCUCCGCGCCUCCUCCUCCUCCUGCCGCUGUCGCCGUCGCCUCGAAGCGAGCGGGCGGCAAGAGCGCGGCGGCUGAGCGCGGAGACAAGCCGCCUCCCAAGAAGUACAAGACGUCCAAGAAGCUGAGCUUCAAGGAGGAGGUGCUCACGUCACCCGUGCUCGGCCUGCGCAUCAAAGAGGAGCCCGUGGAGCCCAAGCCCCGGCAGGUGGUCGACGGCGCCAGACCGCUGGCCGAGUUCAUCUGCCAACUGUGCAAGGAAGAGUACCUCGACCCCCUGUCGCUGGCGCAGCACAAGUGCUCGCGCAUCAUCAAGGUCGAGUACCGCUGCCCCGAGUGCGACAAGGUGUUCAGCUGCCCGGCCAACCUGGCCUCGCACCGACGGUGGCACAAGCCGCGAUCUGUCGCAGCCGCCGCCGCCGCCGCGGGCGCCGGCGCGGGCACAGACGCCGGACAGCACAAGGCAAGGGCGGAGGACGAAUCCAAGGCGACAGGCGAGCACCAGCAGCAGCAGCAGCAGGGCUGCGAGGGUGAGACGCAGCACGAGCAGCGGUCGGUACCCUCUAACGCUGUCCCGGACGAAGGGCAGUUCGAGUGUGAUCAGUGCUCCAAGCGUUUCCGUCGCAAGGCGUCCCUGCAGAAGCACUUAGCCGUGCACCAGCCCGUUCAGCACCUUGGAGAGCGCGCCUUCGUCGAAUCCACGCAACAGCAGCAGCAGCAGAAGCAGCAUUAUCAGCAGCAACAGCAGCAGCAACAGCAGCAGCAGCAACAGCAGCAGCAACAGCAGCAGCAGCAACAGCACGCUCGGCCGUGGCUCCUUCAGCAGCAGCAUCACCAUCACCACCAAGCGCCCGAUGCCAGCGCCACGGCUCGCCGUUUCAUGGAGGCACGAGAGGCGGCUCUGCAGGCGAGUGGAGGAGACCCCUACCUCAUCGGGGAGCGGAUAGCGGCCAAGGCGGCGGCCGUGGAGAGAUUGAUUCGACUGCAGGGAGCGGCCACCGAGGUGUUUCUGUGCAAGUUCUGCGCGCUCACAUUCUACAGCUCCCCGGGUCUCACGCGACACAUUAACAAGUGUCACCCGUCCGAAAACCGGCAGGUCAUUUUGCUUCAAAUGCCCGUUCGGCCGACCUGUUGAUGGAGGAGGGUUGAGCACCUUGCAACUCUCUUGACUGUCGCCACUCUCCCAUGUCACGAUUCGAGAGAGAGAGAGUGAGAGAGGGGCGAGGGAGUCGAGUGAGAGAGUCGAGGUUGUUUGCAGGAUGUCACACAAAAUAGCUUUUGCUGCGUUAAGUCCGAGAGGUGGUUAAUUGUUCUUAUCGUUGUCUUAAAAAGGGCCUCUCUCGUAACCCCAAGUUUUGUCACUGCUCACUCACAGAUAGCCUUGUUUUCUAAUAAAUAAAUAAAUGCCAUAAAUAUUAAACAAAAAAUAUAUAUAUACCAGAGAAGAAGACACGCGUUAAGUGGUGUGUCAUGUUCUGUACGCUUUAACAUUUGUAAACAUGAAAAUAAAUGUUCUUGUUCAAAGGUAUCUACAAUCGCUUUUUGAAAAUAAUUAUAAUCGAUUACAUUGUUUUUUAAAUUAAUUGUUUUGUACCAUGCGUGUGAAUGCAUAGCAUUUGUUUAUAUUGUGCGUGUGCUUAUUUGUCGGGGUGUCUGAUUUGUGUCGCUUCAUUCUUCGUUAAAUAAUAUGUGCAACCUAAGUUAUGAAUUUAAAAAAAGUUUUAUUUAUUAUUAAAUUGCGUUUAAAUGUUUUGGAUAUAUUAAGUAUACGCUUCAUCGUUAUUUAUUAUGUCAAAAUUGUAGAACACCUGAUCUCCCUGAAGCUUUAGAGCAUGUGUCAUCUAUGCUGCCUUAUUCAUGUAGUCAAUCUUCAAGUGUCUUAUAUUGUCCCAGAUGUAUCUUUCGUAUUAUGGCGACUGUGUAUUCGACAAUAAUACAGC